AUGAAUUCGAGGCCAAUAAUUCUUAUCUUCCUCCUGCUCGUGCUCAUUAUCACAUCACAGUUUGAGUGGAAGCAGCAGAUUGGUGAGGCUGAGGCGAAUCCGACAGCUACACGGAGGAGGCAACAGGCGCUGGAAAGGGAAGAUGCUGUUAAAGAGAAAGUAAUAUUGGUGCAAGAGAAAAACAUUCAGCAACUUAACGAGCUUAUCCAGAGCCUUCAGCUGCAGCUAUUGCAUUGCCGGGGCAGUAACAGUACUGCUCGCACCACCUCAAGUCAGUCGGCUAGCAACAGUGAAGUGGAGGGACAGGAAAUGAUUGGUGAUUGA